AUGCUCAGCGGCAAGGGGCGAACUCUGUGCGCCAAGUACGUAUCAUCAAGAGACUCUUACUCCAAGUUCUCAGCGGCAACGGAGUGGGCCCGCUACGCCACGGACUCUUAUCUGACAACAGGCGCGCCCAUCCCCUCGCGAGCCGACAUAGAAGAGGCGCUGGACGAGCGGGCGCGCAUGUUUGACUCCACCACUACCACUUACUACCCAAUGCAGCUGCAGCAGGUCGGCGGCGGCGGCGGCGUCAACGGCGGCGGCAGCCAGGCUUUUGGCCCAGCGCUCAACAUGAGUGUGUGGGUCGACUAUGACACCAUCGGCCGCUACAUCCCCGCGUCGUUUAUAGGCAUCAGCAGAGAGUACACAAACGAGUCUGUCUUUUGGGACCGCAACCUCGAGGCGUGGGGCCCGAUCCUCGACGUGCUGGGCCCGAGCCCGGUGAUCCGCAUCGGCGGCGCCAGCCAGGAGGCGCUCACCGCGCCACCGACGGCCGACUACCUGCGGUCCCUGGUGACGCUGCACUGUGCCCUGGGGGUGCGGUACAUCAUCGGGCUGCCGCUGUUCCAGAAUGCGCCGGCGCUGGCGCUGUCGGUCAAGCAGGCGUUUGACAACGCGUUUGCUAACUUUCCGAGCGCCAUCAUAUCGUACGAACUCGGCAAUGAGCCCAAUUACUGGCCGUCUGGCGGCUCGGGCGCGUUUAUCUGGGGCACCGGUCAGACCGUCUGCACAGCCAUAAACUACCCCAGGCAGCCAGACCUUGUCCCAAAUGGUGCCGGCAUCUUCAGGCCGCCCGGCACCAACGGCGCGGCUGGUAACUACUACCUUUACAACAACUACCGCCCGACUUACCAGCCGUUCAACGCGACCCAGGUCUGCUACACUCCUCGCACCCUGGACUUCUACCCAGGGUGGCAGCGGUACGCGCAGUACUUUGCCAUCGCAGCAAACACGGCCACCGGUUGCAAUGGGCCGCAGACACCUGAGCAGGCGCUGUGGGCGCGGCCCUACUGGGGGCCGACCCAGCGGCGGCAGAACAUCAUAUCGGGACCGGGCUGGGGGGAUCUGAGGGUGGGGGCGCAGAACAUCACGCAGCUCAUCAACCUUGCAAGGGGUUGCUAUUGGUACGAGGCCACGGUGCAUUACUACACCCGGGUCAGCAACGCCAAUGCGACCAUUGCAGAUCUGCUGGACGACCUCAGACUGGACGAGGCGGUGCGUGACGUGUCCCUCAUUGUUAAUGGCAUCGUCAACUCCGACCAGUCGCGCCCGGCCUCUGAGUCAUCGCGCGUCCGAAUCACUGAGGCCGGCUCCGUCUCGGGCGGCGGCAAGAGCGGCGUUUCCAACGUGUUUGCGGCGGCGAUCUGGACGGCCGAGGUCGCCUUCCGCUUUGCCGCAGCGGGCGUCGUCGGCAUCAACUUCCACUGGGGCAACGCGGGCACGUACCAGUACCCGGGUGCGGAGCCGGCGUACAUCGGCGUGAGCAACCGCUUCCUCAACAACGACGCCAACAGGCCCUACCCAGUGGUGCGCGCGCCGUGGUACGGCUACCUGCUGUUCUCGCGCGCGACCGGCAACAACGGCCAGGCUGUUGUGCUCAAUGUGCCGGUGCCGUCGCAGUUCGGGCCCUUCGGCCCAAACUGCUCGGAUGCCGUCAACGUGUACACGUUCUUGCUGCCAGGCACUAGCGAGAUCAGUGUCACCAUCAUCAACAAGGGGGAGUCCAUCAACUGCCAGAUCGCCAUUGCGCUGAACGGGAAGUUCCCAAACGGCACCGUCACCCGGCUGCUGCCCGGCCGGGACGGCAUGCGCUCCACCAGCGGCAUCACGUGGGGCGGCACGACGUACGAGGGCUCGACCAACGGCCGCCUGCGCGGCACCCCGCGCAGCGAGGUGGCGGUGGGCGUGUUCAACGACCCGGAAGUCGGCAACUGGACGACGACUUACACCGUCGACGUGCCGCCGGCGAGCGCCGCGCUGCUGCUGGUGCCCACCGCGGACGGCGGCACGGAGACGAGCGAGCCCGCGCGGCUGACGCCCGAGGAGCAGGAGCAGGCGGAUUACGAGAAGCGGCAGCGGGCGAACGCGGGGCUGUUUGUUCCCGCGCUGCCGCCGGUGUACGGGUCGCUGGGGACGCAGUAUCGCGCCGUGUUUGGCCAGAAUGCAGAGGCGGAGAGGGUGGGGCGCGGGCAGUACGCGCUCCAGUCCGAUGGCACGUACCGCCCCGUCAACACGCCGCUGCCCAGCGGGCCUGUGACGCAGGGCGCGCCGAAGGACGGUGGUGCCGGCAUAAGGCAGGCCAACGGCGCUUGCCCUGGGAUCCAAAAGAUCAUGGACGUUCAAAGAAAGGGCACUCUGGAGCGCAACCUGUUUGGCCAGGGCCAGAGGAGGAGGCACUGA